AUGGCCAGCGAUGUCGACGGACUUUGCGAAGCCGUCCAAACAACGUCCUCCCAUUUGCGGAACCUGCUCCACCUUCUAGCCAUGAGCAUUAUCUUGGCCUGGCUCUGCAACGUUCCCCCUCGAACGUUGCGGUAUGGUGGCUUCUUUGCGGCCGCAGCAGUCUGCGAGUUCCUACUCAACAAGCUGUUUUGGAAGAACUGCGAGGACUUCAUGGCACACAGCCUUUCGGCCGACAGUACCUUUGGCCUCUUUGAUAUCUUCUUGGCUUCAGCCACAAUGUUGACUCUUAUCAUCCACACUUGCGAAGGCCUUCCUAGCCUGCGACGCUGCUUCCAAAGGCUUUCUCAAAAGAUGGGAAUUUCGUCCGGUGAUCAAAAUCCUGAACUCUUCUGGAGCCUUUCAGGACAGAGGAACUACCUCAUCUACCUGUGCCUUUUGGUGUUCUUCCAUGGCGGCCUGUUUUUUGCUUUCCCAGAGACAGUUCAUGCGCAUCAUUACUGGGUAGGCUUUGUGGUGGCCUCCUGCUGCAUCUUUUGGUCACCCUUAUCGAGGUUGCUGCUCCUGAAGUCUGUAAUGAUGGUCAUUGACGGCAUAGGUGUUUGGGGUGCGGAUGCUAUUGUUGGCAAGGAUGACGGCGGCAUGUCUGAAGGUGACAGCGACUACCGAUUGAUUUGUUGUGUGCUUGUGGUCAUGGCCUUCGUGUUGACGAUGGUCAGCCACUUACGCCAGGAUCCGCGUCUGAAUGCCUGGAUGUGUGCAAGGAAGCCGCAGCUGACGGAUACCGAAUGA